CUUUCUCACACCUCACCACCCUCAACCUCGACACAUCACACAUCAUGUCUUCUCAGAUCUCCAAGAAGAGGAAGGUAAGCAUCCAGCCGUAGCUAUGGGUGCAGACACUUUGGCAUACGCAGCGCAGGGGUCGGAAUCUCCAGAGGAAUCAGUGCGGGAUGAGGAUCGAGGAUGGUUAGGCAAAGGGGUCAGAUGGACCGUCACGACACUGCUCGUUGGAUCUGGGCAUGAGAGAAUCAACUUGGAAAGACAGCCAACUCAAUUCGGGGAGGUCAUUGUAUAGCCGAUAGACGAUGGUCAGCAGGGUCUUUAUAGGUGCCACUGCACCCCCAUGAAGAUCCACAUACGAGGAAACAGCAAUCUGACAAACACACGCCUUUGCUACCCACUCCCACAGUUCGUAGCUGACGGAGUCUUCGCUGCCGAGCUCAACGAGUUCUUCACCCGAGAGCUCUCCGAGGAGGGAUACUCUGGCUGUGAGGUCCGUGUCACCCACGCCCGAACUGAGAUCAUCAUCCGAGCCACCCACACCCAGGAUGUUCUCGGUGACAAGGGUCGCCGAAUCCGUGAGCUGACUGCUCUGGUUCAGAAGCGUUUCCGUUUCCCCGAGGGAUCCCUCGAGCUCUACGCCGAGAAGGUCCAGAACCGUGGUCUGCACGCCGUUGCCCAGUGCGAGUCUCUCCGCUACAAGCUCCUCGGUGGUCUGGCCGUCCGACGUGCCGCCUACGGUGUUCUGCGAUUUGUCAUGGAGGCUGGUGCCAAGGGUUGCGAGGUCAUCAUCUCGGGUAAGCUGCGUGCUGCCCGUGCCAAGACCAUGAAGUUCACCGACGGUUUCAUGAUUCACUCUGGUCAACCGGUGCGAGACUUCGUCGACGAGGCCGUGCGCCACGUCAUGAUGAAGCAGGGUGUUCUGGGUAUCAAGGUCAAGAUCAUGUCCGGCUGGGACCCCACUGGACAGGCCGGCAAGCCCUUCCCUCUGCCCGACAACGUCACCAUCCUCGAGCCCAAGGAGGAGGCCCCCAUCACCGCCCCCGUCUCCGAGUCUCGCCAGGCCCCUGCUGCUGAGGUUGCCCCUACUCAGGGCUACACUGGCCAGGCUGAUGCUUCGGCUCAGGAGGGUGAGGCUGCCCCCGCUGCCGCUUACUAGAUUAAGCUGCCUCUUGGGGGAUUGACUCGACAGUACUAGGCCAUCACUCUACGUCUCGGCAUUCCUCCCCACUAUCUCCAAUGGUCCAAAGUACUCGUCUGCGUCUCCUCUGCUCCCCUUGUGUUCGCUUCAUUGUACUCUUGUCUCUCACAUCCUACAAAAAUGGCAAUUGCUUCAUUGCGUC